AUGAUGUUUGUGUGCACGUGCAGCGGUGCCACGUGCAGCGAGGACUGGGUGGAGGCGUGGUGGACGGGCCGCGAGGGGUCGCGGGUGCCGCUGGGCCGGUGGUGCGGCCUCGCCACUCCGGGCCCGCUACAAUCCCCGCGCGGCGCCCUAGGACUCCUUAUCGCUCUGCAUACCGACCAAGACAGCGUCGCUUCCGGAUUCAAAGCUCGCUACGUCUUUGAGCCGGCGAAGUCCAUAUUCGGUGACUGCGGCGGCAACAUGUCGGGCGCGGAGUGGGGGGUGAUCACGUCGCCGCGGUUCCCGCUGCCGUACGAGCCGCCGGCGCGCGGGGCCGCCUCGCGGGUUUGCAACUGGUUCGUGACCGCGCGCGCUGGCAAACGGCUCCUGCUCAACUUCGAACACUUUGCCGUCGAGGGACACUUGACCGAGCGUGGGUGCCCGGCGGCGGUGCUGCGGCUGUGGUACGAGAGCCCCGGCCCUCCGCUGGAGUUGUGCGGGGAGAAGGCGCCCGCCGACCGCUGGCAGUACCUCUCCUCCUCCAACUCCAUCCGUCUCUCGUAA